AAAUAUAUAUGCAAACCGCAGCCUGUUGCCAUGGUAACUGUUCUAUGCUACCCGGAAUAGCUAAUUCCACAUUCUCAGACACAUAGAGUUCAGAAGGCGCAAUCGCUGCAUUCACUCCCCAGGCCAGGAGUGUCCUCGUGCUGUGGAUCAGUGUGCAGUGAGCAGCACGCAGUGAGCAGUAUGCAGUGAGCAGCAGUAUGGAGUGAGCAGCAGCGUGCAGUGAGCAGCAGCGUGCAGUGAGCAGCGAGUAGUAUGGAGUGAGCAGCAGUGUGCAGUGAGCAGCACGCAGUGCGCAGCACAACACUGUGGGCCGGCGGAGCGCGCGCAGGCGGAAGCCAGGCGGGCAGCCAGGCGGGCGGGAGCUGCGCGCUGUCCCGGCUGCACCCUCGCACGCUCACGGCAGAACGAUGCGCGAUGCCCUAGGAGGUUAUGGUCGGCCCUGAGGGCCCGCCCGACGCCGCGCCGCUUCGCCCCGCUCGUGCCGCCCGCGCCGGCACCCGGAUUCGCCGCCACCUGUAGCCGAGAGACGCUGCCCGGGCCGCCUCCGGGUCCCAGUAAAAGUUUGCCGGGAAAGCCGCAGCCCUCCGGCAGAGCGCGGCCAGCCGCCCCCGCUCGCUCCGAGCCGCCCGUGCCCCCCAGCGGCCGCUCCGCACGGCCCCGGCCCCGCCAUGGGGUGCUGAGCCCACCCAGCCCCCCCACCCCCGUGCGGUGACCGCUCUGCGCCCCCGGCCCCAUGUGCCCCUAACGGCGCGGGAACCGCUUGGAGCCGCUCCGCCCGGCCCCGCUGCUGUGUUGGACGUUGACCCCGUAGGACCUAACGAUGGCCGUCAGCGUCACGCCCAUCCGCGACACCAAGUGGCUCACGCUGGAGGUGUGCCGGGAGUUCCAGAGAGGGACGUGCUCGCGGCCAGACACGGAAUGUAAAUUUGCACACCCGUCGAAAAGCUGCCAGGUGGAAAACGGACGUGUCAUCGCCUGCUUCGAUUCAUUGAAAGGGCGAUGUUCGAGGGAGAACUGCAAGUACCUUCACCCACCGCCGCACUUAAAAACACAGCUGGAGAUCAAUGGCCGCAAUAACCUGAUCCAGCAGAAGAACAUGGCCAUGCUGGCCCAGCAGAUGCAGCUUGCCAAUGCCAUGAUGCCCGGAGCCCCGCUGCAACCCGUGCCCAUGUUCUCCGUCGCGCCCAGCCUAGCCACCAAUGCCUCGGCUGCCUUCAACCCUUACCUGGGGCCCGUGUCCCCAGGGCUGGUGCCGGCGGAGAUCCUGCCCACCGCGCCCAUGCUGGUGGCGGGCAACCCUGGUGUCCCAGUGCCUGCUGCCGCCGCUGCUGCUGCGCAGAAGCUGAUGAGGACGGACAGGCUGGAGGUGUGUCGGGAGUACCAGCGCGGGAACUGCAACCGGGGCGAGAACGACUGCCGGUUUGCUCACCCCGCCGACAGCGCCAUGAUCGACACCAACGAUAACACCGUUACGGUCUGCAUGGAUUACAUCAAAGGGAGAUGCUCACGGGAAAAGUGCAAAUACUUCCACCCUCCAGCACAUCUGCAAGCCAAGAUCAAGGCUGCCCAGUACCAGGUUAACCAGGCUGCAGCUGCCCAGGCAGCAGCGACGGCGGCUGCCAUGACUCAGUCGGCUGUCAAAUCACUGAAGCGACCCCUCGAGGCAACCUUUGACCUGGGAAUUCCUCAAGCUGUACUUCCCCCAUUACCAAAGAGGCCUGCGCUUGAAAAAACCAAUGGUGCCACCGCAGUGUUCAAUACUGGUAUUUUCCAAUACCAGCAAGCUCUUGCCAACAUGCAGCUGCAGCAGCACACAGCCUUUCUCCCACCAGGCUCAAUAUUGUGCAUGACACCCGCUACAAGUGUUGUUCCCAUGGUGCACGGUGCUACGCCAGCCACUGUGUCUGCAGCAACAACAUCUGCCACAAGUGUUCCCUUCGCUGCAACAGCCACAGCCAACCAGAUACCCAUAAUAUCUGCCGAACAUCUGACUAGCCACAAGUAUGUUACACAGAUGUAGACAUUUUGUCAUCAAACAAUCAUCACUGAGGAGAAAAGGACAGUGUGUUUGGGUUGAAGAAGGACAAGUUCAUUAGCCAUAAUGUAUAUACCGUCAAGCCGCACUCGGAACCCCCUCAGCAGUAAGACAUCCACACAUUGCAUGUUAAGGAGAUGAACGAGAACUUGGAAAUCCACUGCACACUGUUGCCUAUAUACUUUGUACAUUUAAUUGAUAUUUGUGCUGAGGUGAUCUUCUUGUCUAAGAACUACAACAUUGUCUAUCUUUUCUAGCCCAGGAGUAUGCAUAUGCGCUCGGACACGCGUAUGCGGUCUAUUUCCUACAUAAUCAUGUACGUCACCUUGAAAAGACAGACUAUGAUGUAACCAUAAAUCUAUUAUGUAUUGGUACGUCUGUAGACCAAGAUAUAAUUUUUUAAAGUAAGUUUAUUUCUUUCAAGGUUUACAAAUAACAAAGGUGCACCUUGUAUUUAAAAUUGCCAUUAUAGAUGAGAGCGUGCAUGCACAGUAAUUUUUGUUUAAGAGUAAUAUUUUUAAUGUAAUAGAUUGUAAGAAGCGGUAAGAGAGGUAUCUGACAGAGAUGAAUGUGCCAAGCAAAACCACAACUGUGUCUAUUUUAAAGCACAUCGAUGGCUUUAAGUACCACGUUGUUAAGGAUUCUCAUGAAGUGCCAUAGACUGUACAUCGGAGCAGAGUAUUAUUUUGCAGUGUUAUUUUCAGAACCACGUUUUCGCUGACCGUACUCGUCCUAACCGGCCGGUCCAAGGGCGCCGCUCUGUUCAAACCAAAGCAGUCUCAGAAAUGGCGUGUCGCUGCUGGCGGGCCGUGCUGCCGCGCUCGCGCGCGUUGCGCUGCGCGACGCGAAGCUCGAAAGGGAAAAGCCAUUUCUGAGACGCGGUGACAAAGGUCUGAGGAACUUCUUUUGCUUCUAUUUAUAGCCUCUGUCAGAAGUCACAGGACUCUAAACGCUCUGCAGAGACGGGCUGCGCUUUCGCUUCGUCACAGUCACGCGUUAACUGGUGACUCUAAACAAGGGCGGCAGAAGCACUGACGUCAGAUGCAUGACAAACCAAAACGUGAAAAAAUGGAGGUGUUAAUUAGCGUAGGAAUCGGGUGGGUUCAAUACUCGGGUGAGUUUUAUAUGUGAUUUUUUUGUUCAGAUUAACUGCUUAUAGCCUUAGAAAGCCUUUACAAAAUAAAAAAAAAAAUAAAUAGAUGUGCAUUCAAGUUUUAAGAACGGAUUCAUCCAAAGGAAUUCCUCUUUGUGGUUUGGAUGUUGCAGCUAGUAAAGGGUAUUUUUGCUCUGUUCAGCAAAGUGCUGACGUGGGGGCCAGGGCACUGGCAGCACAGCGCGGGGUGGAAGAAGCGCGAGUUCGGUUCUAGAACUCUCCAUACUUCCAAGUUUACUGCGAGUUUUUAUGCUUGAGAGAGAUGCUUUAUAGUUUAAGAAUGACGUGUUGAUUUUACUGAUUGUACUGUACAUCUAUUAAAGCCUUAGAUUAUUACAUUACGGGUUACAACCCAUACCAAUGUAAUUUCAAUCGUGUUAAGAAAGUAUAGGUGACUUCACAUGUUAUCGUAGUUACUCGACAUUAUAGAAUAUUACUUAUUUUUUUUUUCUUGUUAAAAGUGUAGUUUUUAUUUCUUACAUUUAUUAGGUCGUUUUCAUUUUCUAGUACCAGCUGAGUACCAUUUCAGUUUCUUGACUCGUGUUUUAUUGGAGUUUACCGAUGAGUUUUCCGAAAUAGGAGGAGGUAGUGUCCUUCAUAACAUGCUCAGUUUUGGGUUUCCGUGUAGCGUCAUCCGGAUAUUCGUAUUAGUGUUGACUAAAUGAUUUAUAUUUUGCCGAUUUAAUAUGACAAUGUAAGAAUGUCAGUCAUCGUUAGUUCUUGUCUAGUUUUCAUUAAAAGAACAAAGAUCUUUUAUAUGGAUAUCUUAUAAUUAUAUAAUCAUUGCUAAGUAAGGAGUUAAGUUGUUGCUAUGGCAACAAUCCUGGCAGACAAUUGAGUAAUAUUUUGAUGAUUUAUUUUGUUUGUAAUUAGUUAUUAUGAGAAAAUCUAGUUCCUAGAUAUUAGAAUAAAAUUUAUUUUCUACUGUAUCCAUUUCAAAUGUUAAAAUAUUGUUUAAAUAUUUUUUGAAAUCCCUGAAUAUCAGGCCUUGUUAUAAAUAAGCUGCAUAAUCGAUAGAUCAAGGGACUUUUUGUUGAUAAUCCAAAUACUCAAAGUUUACGUAACGAGAAUUAUAGCGUGUGUGUGCAAACUCGUGAGGGUUGAUUAUGCUGCAGUUGAGCAUGUGGGAACGUAUCGAGAGAAGGUUGACUUUUUGCACUUCUGUAUAUAGUCAAAAAAGAGAGAAACCUGUAUAAUAGUAAGAUCUUAUUUUGAAUAAAAAUGUCUAUAAUUACAAGGAGUUUUGUUAAGGCUAAUAAAAUGACAGGCUGAACAAAAUUGCUUGCAAAAGUGGCACAGAGUUAGCACUCCAUACCCCUUCGAAAAAGUUGCUUUGCUUUAUGUGGACAGCUUGUAGUUUGCCAGGAUUUUUUCAGCUGGAAAGAUAUGCCAUCCUUCCGAGAUCUCAUGACUGACAAAAGCUCCACUGGUUCAAAUCUGCCUGAAAACCAUUAUGAAAAAAAGGAGGAAAAAAAAAAAAAAAAAGGAAAAAAAAAGAAAAAAAAAAAGCAGGUACUUCAAACCAUCAAGGUGAAACCAUGGAUCCAGUAUUCCGUACAUUACUCAAAAACUACUGCAUGUUUAAAGUAUCAGAAAUAUAUUAAAGGUAUAUACUACUCAGACCAGUUUCUGAAGAUUUCAGUGGUUUAUUGUUCACAAAAAAGAUUCUUCAAAACCGAUACUGACUUUCACAAAAGAGUUGAAUCAUGAACAGGCAAACCAAACAGCACACCGUAGCUGUAGUUGUUACGUGAUUAUUUUUUAUUGCUGUAGUGGUCCUGUUCUUUUAGCAGGUGAAAAAAAAAAAAAAAAA